AUGGAAUCUCUUUACGACAACUUUAUACGUCUUAAGCCUCAAAACUCAUUUGAAAAAGAGAUCAAUGAUUUACAAGAUGUGAAAACAUAUCUGAGACAAAAGAGUUUAAACAUCGAUGAUAGCCUAAAGUGUAGAGAAAACAGAGAGUUUUAUACUAGAAGCUUAAGUGACGAAACUAUAGAUGACGAAGCCUAUGUUAAUUAUAUUAAAAAAAGUUACCAAACGAAACUAAAACCUGGAACUUUAAGUAAAUACAUGUUUAAUGACUCAGUUAUUCCACCGGGUGAUCCAAAACACUAUGCCAGAAAAUCUGCUUUUUAUAACAGAACCGAGCGUCUGGAAGCACAUUGUGUAGCUAAUUUUCAGAACGAAUAUAGAGUUGCAAGAUUGACUGAGGAGUUGAAUAUAUCUAAUAAAAGUGAGGAUGAAAUUUUAGAAGAGAUUGAAAAAAUGGAAGACUCUUAUUGUCCCGAAAAAAUUACUGAAAAAACUGAAAAAACUGAAAAAACUGAAAAAACUGAAAAACCUAAGAAAAUUAAUAAAAUUGAGAAAAAUGAGAAAACUGAGAUUGUGAUUGAAAAGACGAGCACACCUAUUAAAACAAAUGAAGUUGAAGAAAUAAAUGAAGCAGUAAUUGAUAUAAUUGACCAAUCUAAAGAAAAGCUGGAUAAGUUUAUAGUUGAUUUGGAUAAGUUAGAAAAGAUAAGUAAAAAGUUGGAAAUACCAACGCCAAAAGAUGAAAAAAAGGAACCUGUACUAGAGAUUGUAAAGAUGAAAGAUGUGAAAAAAGAUGUUAAAAAUACUGAUGUAGACAAUAAAUCACAUAGAUCUGCUAAAGAAAAUCCUUAUGAAAACUAUUUUCCAACAGAAAAUGAUCAAGUAAGUGUGUUCCACAAAUCAAGAGAUAGAAACUUUAUGAUAACUGGAACAAUAGAAGGACUUGUAAAUAUUUGGGUUCUUUCAAGCCCGCAUAUAAAGACAGAAUUCGAAGAUUUGGAUGACAAUGAGGAAUUUGACCCCAAAAAUAAGAAAAUAUUAAAGUGGACUACCAUGGAAAUUGGGCCUGAUUUGACUUUCAAAGCUCACGAAUCUCCAAUUUCGUCCGUUCAUAUAAUGCCAAAGUCAUUUGACAGUGACAAAAUAGACCAUGUGCUAGUGACUACAUCUCAUGAUGAUAAGGUUAAGGUCUGGAAACUAAGUAACUUGUGUGAUAUCUCAAACGAAAGAGAGUUCAAGAAUGUUCCUGGGUCAAAGUACAAAAAGCAGUUUAGAAAGAGGAAUAAAAAGGUCAAGAUUGAUCUUUUGGGACACUUGGAGUUAAAGGAAACUAAGUUUGUAGAAGCGCUCUACAUUUCAGUCCCAAAUGAAAUUUUAGUGACAAGUUUAUCAGGAACUAUAGAAAAAUUUAAAUUGGUAGAUAUGAAUAAUGGAAAGAAGAGAAAGAGUACAAAAAAUAAUCUUGUAAGUGUAGCCAAAGUAACCAACGAAGGGAAAUGUAUCACAGCGGGAAGCAUAUCCAAGGGUCAUAAUUAUUAUGCAAUCGGUACUGAAGAUGGUGAAGUUAAAGUUUACGAUGUUAAGAACCUAGACCUACUAGCGUCUUUUGUUUGUAGAAAUAACAAAGGACCCAACAAGGAUGGGAAGGAGGUUUGUGGAAUUGAGUGGAAUAGAAAGGAAAACUUUAUUCUAGUUACAACUAAGGACUCUAGAAUAAGAUUGCUAUCACUGUCAGACAGCUAUGACCCAAGUGAAACGUCAGAAUUAACGAAAAAGAGGAAAAUAUUAGAGUUUUUAGAAAAGUUCAAGGGUCAUGUAAAUAAAAGGAAACCGUAUAGAGCAAGAUUCUUGGGAACGUAUGAAGAGUUUGUAAUUUGUCCAUGUGAAACUGGCCGAAUAUUGGUCUGGUGUAUAUCAGCGCCAGGGUAUUUUCCACCAGGUCGUGUGGAGGAGAAAGUUGAAUACAUAGAACUGCCUAUUAAAAACAAAUUUUUCGUGGACUUUAGGAUAAAAGAUAAGUAUUUGCUGGACAAUCUAAAUAUCUACAACUUAUACGAAUGGGUAAAUGUAUACAGAAUGAUCAACGAUUACAACAAGGAACUUGAAAAUCCAGUCCAACAAGAAGGAUGUUUAGCAUUCAUAGGACACAAAGAUGACGAAAAUAAAGAUAUUAAUCCUGGAAAAGAUAUUUUAUUAGUAUCUGUGAACAAAGAAAAUGAAUUAAAGUAUUCGGCAAUUGAUAUCAAAUAUUUUAAAUAA